GCCGCCGCCGGGAGGGCCAUGGCGGAGGGGCUGGGAGCCGGGCGGACGUUCAGCCGCCCCACGCCGCCGCCGCAGACGGGCUGGGAGCGGCUCAGCGAGCUGUGGAGGCGCGACGAGCUGCAGCGGUACCCGGAGGAGACUGUGAACAUCAUCAAGUCGGCGUUCACCGGGGGCCUGGUCGGCUGGCUGUACGGCGGCCUGCCCGCCUUCCGCCAGGCGCGGAGGGCCUUCAUCGAGGGCAGCCAGGGAGAGGUGUUCCAGAACCGCGCCGAUGCGGUGCAAUCUGCACACCGUGCUGGGCUCAGGAGCUUCAUCCGCUAUGGCUGGCGCUGGAGCUGGAGGGUGGCCACCUUCGUGACCAUAUUCAACAUGGUGAGCACCGGUCUGUCAGUGUACCGCGAUAAAACCACCAUCAGUAAUUUUGCUUCAGCAGGAGCCUUCACGGGAGCUCUCUUCAGAAUGCAUUUGGGCCUGUCUGGGCUGGCAGGCGGCUUCCUGUUCGGAACAGCCUUUGGGAUCCCUGCAGGGGGCCUCCUAAUGAUUGCACAGAAACUUGCUGGUGAGACUUUGCAAGAGAAGCGAAAUCGUGAGCGCAGGGAGCAGUAUGAACAGAAAUUAGCAGAGUGGCAAUCCAGGCUAAGUGUAACUGAAGACUUGGGCAAAAUGGAAAGUGAUGCCCGGGGACAAUCACAGACAGAAAAUAGCAGGAGAAUCUAGGAGCUGCUGAGUCUUCCUCAGAUCUCUGUCCCACAGGGGAAGAGUGGGCGUACAGAAAAUGUCAGUGUGACGGCACAUCAUGGGUUGCAUGAGGUUCUCUGCGCCUUGCCCAUAAGAGUCUCCUUUGCCGCCAAAAGGAGAACAAAAACCUCCGCGGCAGUACAUAUACAAGGGCUGGAAACUCCUGCUGAUGUCACAUCUACCCUUACAAGGCGCUGCAGCCUUGAAACUGCAACCCGAGCGCUGAGGGCCUGAAGGAAUCAAAGUCCAUGAAGAGUCAUUCAGCCCCACAAAAGUCCCCUUUCACUUUAAAGGUGAACUGCAAAGCAAAAAUGAAAACUCAGUUCUCUCCCAUUUCCGUGUUGAACGCUCUCCGUAGCCAGGCUGUGGGGGAGGCAUCCACCAUGGAAAUAAUUUUUGAAUGACUUUUCUAGAAAAAGAAAUAAGCUGCCCUCCUGCCCUUGGUGAAGCCCACCCUCUCCCUCACCGUGUGCUCGUGUUGCUCCCUCACUGACAGUCUGCAGCGUGCGGCCAAUGCUGACCCCUUUCCCCAGGCAGAGAAGCGGGCUCCAUUCAAACUGCUGCUGUGCUGCAGCUGCCCCCAAAGCGGGGCUAAUUGGAACAGAAAGGUGAGCUUAGAGAAAGAAGCGUUGGUUUUGUUCGCUCUGAGAGUCAGAAAGCAGGAAGGCCGUUGGGUCUUUAACCAACAUCUUUAGUCUUUCACCAAAUCUUCAACAAACCCACACGGAGGGAAAGACCCUGCCUGGUGGGCCCAGAAACCUUUACCCCUCUGGAGGCGGCGCAUAAGGCAGCACGUCUGCACACUUCUUCAGCUGGAACUUCUGCAGAAAGCUCUCGGGCAAACUGUCAGGCAUUUCUAUUAGCUUGAACAUUCGGAAAUUUCGAAAAACUGAAUCUUUUUAAAGGGCUAAACACUCCCCACUGGUCUUUACCCCAGGUCAUUUUACUGGCGAGGGAUCUGAAUCUUUCAAAGAUUUCCACAGGAAAUGUCCUGUGCAACACGUGAAUACUGGAAGAAAAACUUUAAGCUAAACCAACUGCUCUGCGCUGCUCCAGCAAAGCAAAGCAGCUGCUGUCUGAGCUUGGUUAGCUUCUGUCACAGUGACCUCCUAACAGGUCACGUUCAUUUACUCAUCCCAGAUGUGGCGGGAGAGCAGAGAACUCCUUUGUGUUCUGAAGAAAACCUGCCUCCCACUUUAUUUGGCUGCGGCUCCAUUCAGUCUCGUUUCCUCCUACACGCUCACACUUGUCAGUGUGCCACAGCAAUGAGAGGAGAGGAUCAUUCCUAGUUUACAGUGAUGUCAUGGCAGGCCCAAGGCAGGGAGAGGGUUGGAAGAGGUUUUCUAAACGUUUGGCUCUGCUUGCUUGUGCAGUGUAACAGCAGCGUGAGCUGUGCUCCCCACCUCCGUGUGCCCCCGUCCUCACAGCCACACUCCUGCUAACAGAGCAGUAACUGCCCUUGGAGAAUAACUCCUUGAAAUCCUGUGGUUCAGGCUGUGAAAACCAGAGACCUUCCUGUGUCUACAGGCAUUUCACACCCUCCUUCCAUACCAUGAAAGCAUCCAGAAGGGCACGGGAGGUCGCGCUGUGACUGAGUCGCUGCUCUGUCAUAAACCUGGCUUUAAUGAGAAAGAAACUCCGCCGAUCACAAAAACUUCCAUGAUCUGUGAUUAGUGACUGAGAAGGAGAAGGGGAAUCUGAAGUGCUUUGCUGAAGGGGCUCAGAGCAGCACCAGGGCCACGACAUCCAGCUGAUCCUUCUCCCUUUGUUCCUGCCCUCCACAGCCCUGUCUGGGAACUUCUUGAGAUAAAAAUCUGCCACUCUCUGAGUCACGCGGGCCCUGAGCGGGGACAAGUCCACCGCCUGGGUAUGUCCAGUCUGCUUUGCUUAGAAGAUGAGUAAGACUGCAACUCCUCACUGCAAGCUAGUUGGCAAAUGUCUAACCUCGGCACUAGCUGGACCACCUCUGAGUGAGGGGCUGGAGAUGGGCUGCAAAAGCACUUGGGAAAUGAUGGCGUUGACCAAAUAGUUUCUUAAUAUCUCCCCCUUUGCUGCAGAGUCCUCCGCAUGGGGGUUUCAUGGGGAGGAAAGGGUGGAGGGCAUUCUCAUGUGUUGUUGGCGUGCAUUGGGAGGGACACUGGCGGUGGGGACGGAAGGACAUUUCUGACUUGGGGAAAGGAGCUGAGGGAAGUCUGUCUGAGCCUUCCCCCUUCUCCAUUCCCAGUACCAGGAGCGGGUGACCCAGCCAGAGGAAAAGGCGGGGGAAACACUGAAUGUGGAUGCCCACAGAAGAUUUGCAUGUUUUUGUUCCUUUUGAGAUCAAAUUCCUGCAACUGGCUGAGCACUCUUAACCACUCCCAGGUUCCAGCAGAAACUGGAUGUGGCAGUUGUGUAAGACAGGCCUUUGGGGGGGGAUUUGUAGCACAUGAAGCCAAAAAUAAACUUGUUAAUUCUUUUCCCC